AUGGCCUCCCUCAAAUUACCCCAAUUCGACGACCUACCUGCCCUGGGAGACUUCCCCAGAGGAAGCGCCUGGGGUUUAUUCGACAAAGACGGCCUGAAAGACAGACUCGGGACUCUCAAUCUCCUGACGCCAGAAAUAGUGCGCAGCGCAGCUAAUGAGAUCCAGGUUGGACAAAGUGUGUCACUGAACUGGCCAUUGGAUGGACUUUACAAGCCGCAUGCGCGUCGGGCUCCCAUAGUCCAUAAGCACAUUGACCUCAAAUUUCUGGGAAUACGGGCCUUCGACGAUGAGAUUCAUUUCAACACACAGAGCAGUAGUCAAUGGGAUAGUCUUUGCCACUUCGCACACCAAUCCACAGGGCUCUUCUACAACGGAGCGGAUCCUGCAGCCGAGAGUUUCCAAGAUAAGAGCUGGCCUACACUAGAAGCCUGGCACGAACGGGGAGGCCUCGUCGGCCGAGGCGUCCUGCUAGAUUACAAAGCCUACGCAGAACAACAUGGGAUCACGUACUCCCCCUUUGAGAACCAUGCGAUAACAGUUCAGGACCUCGAAGCAGUCGCACGGAGUCAAGGAACAGGUUUUCAUCAGGGAGACAUUCUCAUCGUCCGCACUGGUUUCGGCGAGAAGAUAGCAACUCUGGACGAGGAGCAACAGAUCCAAGUGCUCCACCGGCACCACGUAUGUGGUGUUGCUGGGAACGAAGAUUCCGCGCGGUGGGUAUGGGACCAUCAUUUUGCCGCUGUAGCAGCGGACAAUCUUGCCUUUGAAGUCCAGCCUGCCUUGAAAGGUGGCCACUCGAGUGAGCUCAAGCCCUACCACAUGUUCAGAAUGCGACGGAGUUUCUUUAAAUGUACUAACGUUGCAAUCUCAGUCUUGCACCAAUAUUUCCUGUCCCUCUUUGGUUUACCCAUAGGGGAGCUCUUUGAUCUCAAAGCGCUAUCUGAAAAGUGCGCAGAGCUACAUCGAUGGACAUUCUUUCUAACUUCGACCCCAUUGAACAUCAAAGGCCUCAUUGGAUCACCUCCAAAUGCACUGGCGAUUUUCUGA